GCGACCAAGAUGGCGGACCGAGUGGUCCCUACGAAAACGGAAGUUGAGUCCGGAGUGACGGAGUGUUAUCUGAAGUGAAGAUUGAAGACGUGAUAGAAGAUGGACGACUACUGCUAUGCUAAGAUGGCGACGUCCGCUAAAAGAGAACAUGAAAGAGAAUCAGCGCCACCAACUUCCAGCAAAUCACCAACGGAGAUAAAGACGAAACAUGAAGAUGUCCAGCAGCUUAUUGUUCAUCCAGAAGAACAGCUGCAGAGGCGGAACCCCACCCGGAAGCAGGAGGCUAAGCAGCUCCUCCACAUUGAAGAGGAGGAGGAACCCUGGAUCACUCAGGAGGGAGAGUGUCUUCUAGGACGAGAGGAAGUUGAUCUCACCAAGUUGCCACUGAGUAUUCUCUCUGUGAAGACUGAAGAGAAACCACAAAGAGACAACACCUUAGGUCCACUAUCAGAUAGUGAGGCUGAAGACGAGGUUCAAAAACCUUUGAGCGGCAAAAGAGACUGUAAACGUCUCCUUCAGCCUAAGGCGGGGACCUCCACUUUGAAGCAGGAGGCUUUACAGGCCCCUAAUUUUAAAAAGGAAGAGGAGGAACUCUGGAUCACUCAGGAGGGAGAGUGUCUUGUAAGGUCAGAGAAAGCAGUACUCGCCAAGUUGCCACUGACUGUUGUCUCAGUGAAGACUGAAGAUGAUGAAGAGAAACCACAAGUAGACAACCUCUUAGCUCCACUAUCAGAUAGUGAGGCUGAAGAUGAGGUUAAAGAACCUUUGAGCAGCGAUACGGACUGUGAACGUGAUAUUAGGACUCACACUGACUUUGAAUGCUCUAAAAAGAAGAGCAGUAAAAAACUUUUCAGCUGCUCAGUUUGUCAUAAAAGUUUCAAGAAAAAGAGUAAUUUGACUCAACAUAUGAGAACACACACAGGGGAAAAGCCAUUUGACUGUUCAGUUUGUGGUAAAGGCUUUUGCCAAAAGAGCAAUUUGACUGAACACAAGAGAACACACACAGGAGAAAAAACAUUUAAUUGUUCAGUUUGUAGUAAAAGCUUUUCUCGAAAGAGCAGUUUGACUCAACACAUGAGAACACACACAGGAGAAAAAACAUUUAAAUGUUCAGUUUGUAGUAAAUGCUUUUCUUCCAGAUCAGGUUUGACUCAACACAUAAUGACACAUAACGGACAAAAAACCUUUUGUUGUUCCGUUUGUGGUAGAAGCUUUUUCCUUAAGAGCAAUUUGAUACAACAUAUGGGAACACACAUUGGAGAGAAACCUUUUAAUUGUUCAGUUUGCAGUAAAAGCUUUUCUAAAAAUAACAAUUUGACUGAACACAUUAGAACACACACAGGGGAAAAACCAUUUAAUUGCUCAGUUUGUGGUAACAGCUUUUCUCAGAAAAGCAGUUUGACACAACACAUGAAAACACACACAGGGAAAAAAACAUUUAACUGUUCAGUUUGUGGUAAAAGAUUUUCUCAAAAUAUCAGUUUGACUGAACACACAAGUGCGCACACUUGUGACAAAAAAUUUGAUUGCUCAGUUUGUGGUAAAAUUCUUACCAAAAAGAGCCAUGUGAUUGAGCACAUGAGAACACACACGGGAGGAAAAAUAUUUAAUUGUUCAGUUUGUGGUAAAAUUUUUGUUUCCAGAGCAGUUUUGACUCGACACAUAAUGACGCACACUGGAGAAAAACCGUUUAAUUGUUCAGUUUGUGGCAAAAGCUUUUCUCUCAAGAGUAAUUUGACUCGACAUUUGAGGACCCACACUGGAGAGAAAACAUUUCAUUGUUCAGUUUGUGGUAAAAGCUUUUUUUCGAGACAAGAUUUGAAUCGACAUACAAUGAAUUUCACUGGUGAAAAACCAUUUAAUUGUUUUGUUUGUGGUAAAAUGUUACAUCAUAAUGCAGAUGCUGUAAAACACAUAGGAACACACACGGGGGAAUAACCAAUCAGCUGUUGCCCCAAAGCCCUAUUUUUAUUGAAGUUUUUGAAUAUGUGUUUUAUUUCGUGUUAUGGAAUCAUUUCGGUCGGUUUAAGUGACAUCAUGUGGGUUCAUUUCGCACUGUAUGUAGACAUGUCCAUGAAUUGAUAUUCUUAUUUAUCCUUACUUUAUAGUAGUUGUGCUAAAAUAUAUUGGGUAGUUUGCUUUCGUAAAAUGUUUAAAUAUUUAGGGUCUUACCCUUUUCUUUGUAUCUGAAGUACAUGCAAUAUGCGCCAUAAAUCUUACUGUGUACAAUCACAUCUGUUAUGUCUGUAAGUCCAGUUUGGCAAAAUGUUUUGAUUUUGGGUGUAUAUUUCUCCAUAUUG